GAACAAGAGGGGCUUCUGCCACUUUAAUAUGCCCUGACGUCAUUCUGAUGCAGGACUGAGGAUGACCUCGUGCGCGAGGAAGGGGAGAGAAACCAAACGUAUCAUAUCGUAUAAAAUUCAGCCUUGGCUUUCUUGCAGCUCUGCGCACGUUAUACGUCGGGGUCUGUUAGUGUCGUGUCCAGCAGAGCUGUAUCACACAGGAAUGCAGGGAUGCUGAGAGGCCGGCGCGUGGAAUGCGCGCGUAGUCACAGCAACAGAGCAGCUUGGAUACAGAGCGCGUGAACGCGCAUGAGAGAGAGAGAGAGAGAGGAGAGGAGAGAGAGAGAGAGAGAGAGAGAGAGAGAGAGAGAGAGAGAGAGAGAGAGAGAGAGAGAGAGAGAGAGAUGGGCAAUCAGAAACCUCACAGCAUCUCUCCCGUCGCUCCCGGGAUCACGGGGAAACGACAGCGGAGCCAGUGAGCACCACUACCGCCCUCAGCAGCUGGAAUCAGACGCUCGAGACGCUGACAGAUUAAACACCAGACUUCCCUACAAAAGUCAGCGCGUUACGUCGGCGUUUGUUCCCGGAAAACCGAAAGAAAUCACCUCAGAUACGCUUAAACGGAAAGGGAGUGUUGAUUAGACUCAUAGAGGGGGGAAAACAGGUCAUAGAAGUGAAUUUGUGUUUGUUGUUUCGUUUCCCCCCAUAUGCGCUAUAAUGGGAGAAGCCGGCGGUCGUUUCCAAACGAGCUUUUCAACGGACAAAUUCAACUAGACUUCAUUAAGACGCUGUGUUGAUCCAGCUACAGUUCUUCACUUUUGAAACCGUUUCCUCUGAAUCUGUUUUGUGUCUGGGUGUUGUCGGGAGAAACCGUGAGACAUUUCCUGCUGUUCCCGGACAACGGAGAAUCUUUUGGUUUAUCCCGAGCUCAGGCUGAUGGAAUUGCGCUGAGCAACGCUUAAGAAAACGAGGAAAUACCCACAGAGCUCCAGUACACCGACCCCUGAUUCCUGCCUGCGGCUCAUUCCUAGGAUCAGCAAUCAUCUGCGUGACCUCUUUAACUGACCUCAUGAGGACGGCUGUGGGAGAUGGAACGUAACAGAAUUUUCUUCUUUACUCUCUAUUGCAUUUCAACGAUAACCCACCAGGGCUGAUCACAACCACAGCCCCUCAUCCACCCCAACCCUUCCACAGUCCCCCCAUUCCUGUCCUCCCUCUUGCUCCCCGAAAGACCAAAACAAACCAGCAGGACCACUUAUUCUUGUUCUGUUAUAAUAGUUUAACUUUCCUUUGCCCUUCACCCGUGACAAAGCAAAGCGGAAGUCAAUAAACCGGUGAAGCGAGGAAGGAAAAAACAAGACAGUCAUGUAUCUGCCCCAUGCCUGCAAACGCGAUUUGGGCCAUGCCCGCAAUUCAGAGGCCACCCACGCAAUUACGCUCCUCUGGUUGGCUCUGUGGGUCACCUUGGCAUCGUGUCAGCGCAUUGAUCCCGGCUCCAAAUAUCCCACCGUCACCACAAACUACGGCAAGUUGCGUGGGAUUAAAAAAGAGCUUAACAACGAGAUUCUAGGUCCCGUGGAACAGUACCUUGGCAUCCCCUAUGCCACAGCGCCAAUCGGAGACCGUCGUUUUCAGCCACCGGAAGCUCCUGGGUCUUGGCAGGAAGUGCGGAACGCUACACAGUUCGCCCCUGUUUGCCCGCAGAACGUGCAUGGUGUUUUACCUGAGAUAAUGCUGCCUGUGUGGUUUACUGACAACUUGGACGUGGCCGCAACCUACAUUCAGAAUCAGAGCGAAGACUGUCUCUACCUCAACGUCUAUGUGCCCACAGAGGAUGGUCCACUCACAAAAAAACAUGAUGAAUCAACACUGAACCGGCCACGGGAUGAAGACAUCCGUGACCGCAGGAAGAAACCAGUCAUGCUGUUCAUUCACGGUGGCUCUUACAUGGAAGGAACCGGAAACAUGUUUGAUGCCAGUGUGCUUGCAGCAUAUGGGAACGUCAUUGUAGUCACCAUGAACUAUAGGCUGGGAGUUCUGGGUUUUCUCAGCACAGGAGAUCAGUCUGCUAAAGGGAACUAUGGCCUGUUGGAUCAAAUCCAGGCCUUGCGUUGGCUGAAUGAGAAUAUUGGACAGUUUGGUGGCGAUCCUGAACGGAUCACUAUCUUUGGCUCUGGGGCUGGAGCGUCGUGUGUCAACCUACUCAUCCUGUCCCACCACUCUGAGGGCCUGUUUCAGAGAGCCAUCGCUCAGAGUGGUUCAGCCAUCUCCAGCUGGUCCAUUAGCUACCAGCCCUUGAAGUACACUAAGAUUCUGGCCCGAAAAGUGGGAUGCACAUAUGGGGAGACCGCAGACCUGGUGGAUUGUCUCCGCAGGAAAAAUUUCAGAGAGCUGGUGGAUCAGGACAUCCAGCCGGCCCGCUACCACAUUGCAUUUGGACCUGUGAUGGACGGAGACGUUGUGCCAGAUGACCCCGAGAUCCUGAUGCAGCAGGGGGAGUUCUUGAACUACGACCUUCUGAUUGGUGUAAAUCAAGGAGAGGGGCUGAAGUUUGUGGAUGAUGGGGGCACUGAGAGCGAGGAGGGCAUUUCAGCUGCAGCUUUUGACUACACCAUCUCCAACUUUGUGGAUAACCUCUAUGGAUAUCCUAAAGGUAAAGACAUCCUGAGGGAGACUAUUAAGUUCAUGUACACAGACUGGGCAGACCGGGACAAUGGGGAAAUGCGGCGCAAGACUCUCCUGGCAUUAUUCACUGAUCAUCAGUGGGUGGCACCAGCCGUCGCUACUGCCAAGCUCCACGCGGACUACCAGUCCCCCGUCUACUUCUACACCUUCUAUCACCACUGCCAAACUGAGACUCGACCCGAAUGGGCAGACGCUGCUCAUGGGGAUGAGAUACCAUAUGUGUUUGGUGUGCCCAUGAUUGGAGCAACAGACCUCUUCCCUUGCAACUUUUCCAAAAAUGAUGUCAUGCUUAGCGCUGUGGUGAUGACAUACUGGACCAAUUUUGCCAAGACCGGGGAUCCCAACUUGCCUGUUCCUCAGGACACCAAGUUCAUCCACACCAAGCCCAACCGCUUUGAGGAAGUGAUCUGGACCAAGUUCAACUCCAAAGACAAGCAGUAUCUCCACAUUGGCCUGAAGCCUCGCAUCCGGGACAACUACCGGGCAAAUAAGGUUGCCUUCUGGCUAGAACUGGUUCCUCACCUCCACAACCUUCCCGACGAGGUCUUCAGCACUGCCACAACCCGGCUGCCUCCAGGAACCGCCCGCACCCCAUACCGGAAGGGUCAGGAACCUCGUACCACACGCCAUCCCAUCCCAACCUUCCCUACAGAAUCAGACCCAGACGGCUCAGAGCCCCCUCGAUUCCCUCCCUUCCCAGGCGACACCCGGGACUACUCUACAGAACUGAGUGUGACGGUAGCUGUCGGUGCAUCGCUCCUCUUCCUCAACAUCCUUGCCUUCGCCGCACUUUACUACAAACGCGACAAACGGCACGAGAUGCGACGGCACCGACUGUCCCCGCAGCGAGGCGUACCUGCUAAUGACUUAGCUCACAGCCAAGAGGAAGAGAUCAUGUCCCUGCAAAUGAAGCACUCGGAGCACGACGCCCACCACGACAUGGAGCCGUUGCGACCGCACGAUAUUUUACGUCCCUCAUGCCCACCCGACUACACACUGGCACUUCGGCGGGCACCCGACGAUGUUCCGCUCAUGACCCCCAAUACCAUCACCAUGAUUCCCAGCACCAUUACUGGCAUGCAACCCCUCCAUGCCUUCAACACUUUCCCUACACCCACCGGCCACAACAACACCUUACCCCACCCUCACUCCACCACCCGUGUAUAGUAGCGCCCCCAAACGAGAGGACUAGCUCUCAUACAUAUCCAGUUUUCUCUCUCUGCCCACCUUUUCAAGCUCCUAAACUUAAGAUGCUCUCAGUUCAGCCAUCUAGAGCAGCGACAGCGCAUCCUGUUGGCGUUCUCAUAGACACAAACAAGGUUUCGUAGAAGUUGAACACACUAGAGGAGCUCUGUUUGUAGACUCAAUGGUGAGCAACAGAUUUGGUCAGCAGUGACAAGUCAUCAGCCUCGUAUUGGAUUCAACUUGCUGUUUGUUUUUACACAUUGUUCUUAAAGAAAUUGGCCGUAAGUGAUUGACUAAGCUGAUCCGAUGUCAUGAGGGGAAAUUAUGACAUUUACUCACUUUUCUUCUCUCGUUAAAUUGGCAGAGUGCAGAUUUCAUCUAUCCUUUUUGUCAUCCUCCUUUGUUAUUCCAUUACCAGCCCGUCGCUCUCUGUCCGAAUGUGAUCUGUGUCCUUGGAUGAUGUUUUACAUGAAUCAUAGGGGCAUUCGAUAAAAGGCGGAAGCUGGAUAUGUUGUGUUUACCUGCAGUCUUGUGUCAAGUAUUAAACCUUGUAACAAGAGAUGCAGAGAAUGAGAGAAAAUGACAGCAUCUGACAGAAGAUGAAAACAAAAGUGCCAACCUCCUCUCUUUUUUUCUUGCUCUCACUCUGCUCUGCGCGUGUCAUUUUAUCACACAUAUUUGACUUGGCUAUGUGUUGUUUCUUAGGAAGAUUUUUGUAUGUAUAAAUAUAAAGACAAAUAUAUAAAAGGAUGAUAUAAAUAUAUAUUUACAUGGAUUGCUCGGUGGGAUCUAUGCAUGAAAUAUUUUAAAGCACCAAGAUGGACUUUUUUUUUGUUUGUUUGUUUUGUUUUAAAUUUGCUUGCUUAAAAUGCCUACAGAAACCUUUUCUGCAGUGGUAUUUUCAUCAGUAUUAGUCCAAAUGUGACCUCCUCCUCCUCAGUCUGACCACUCUAUAGGACACUUUAUUGAAAGAGAGCUAUUGGCAAUAUUCUUUUAAAUGCUUUUUGACAUUCAUAUGCAGAUGUUGGUGCUAUUAUUUGACCAUCAGCCAUGUAGUGCUGUACCAGAGCCAUCUGUGAUGGUACGGACAGUUGCAUAAAUACAGCGAAUGCUCAUGUAGCUUUGCAUCUCUUUUAUGGGCCUCUGACAUUAUAUUUCUCAAAUACAAAUGAUGCUCUUACACCUCGGCCCAUCUUUCUCUCUCGUUCUAUCUCCGUCCUUACUCUUUCAGUUUAACAUCAUUGGGUUUUUGACAACCAAGUUUAAUAAGCAUCUUUUUGUGUAGUUGUGCGUGUGCACACAUAAAGAGUGUGUUUUCUAGGCAAUAGCUAGGUGUCCUGUACAUUUGUGGGUAAUGUGAAUGUGUGAGGUAAGAGAAUAUGUGACGGAGAGGCACAACGAGAGAGAGAGAUGUAGACUUCUGAGUUUGUUCAAUCCUCAUAACACUGAAAUCUCCUUCAUCUGUGGCCCUCUAUCAUUCAGGAAAACCUACAGUACCUGGCCAUUUUACAUACAAAAUAGGAAUAGGCUGGAAGCACUGCUAAUAUCAGUUUGAUGUGUUUACCCACAUCUCUACAUAUCUCACAUCUGUCUGCACUGCACACUUGACCUUUUAGACAAGGUUAUGACAAGCACAGCACAUAGUGGUGGUGGCAAACCAGAUCUAUAUAUCUUACAGAUUGUUUCUUCAGAAUACAUGUUCAGGUUAAAGAAUGAAUGGCUCAGAAUCACUGGACAGUAACUGCAGGAUAAACAUGAUCACUUAUGUUCUCUUCAUGCCUUGUUAGUCAUAUUUUUUCUGCCACAGCUGUGUGUCACGGGAGGAUGACGGUUUGUGUCAGAAAAUGCGUUUGUCUCACUGUUGGCUCCGUGUAUUGAGUCUGAGAUGCCCAGACCAUCAUGAUGGAGCAAGAACUAAUGCCAGUAUGCUGCACAAUGUACUAAACAUGAACAGACUCUAAUAGCAUUGCUGAGCAAACAUUGCUGGAGGUUCAUUCAUGAAAACAGAACUUUCUUCUGCGGUGUGGACUGAAAACAACAACUGGACAAUAAACGAAGGGAGAUUGUAACAAACUUCAGUUGCAGGUACCUUCUGGAGAUCCGAGAGUAUAGGUUGGACCUGUGAAUAUGUACCAUCUGUGGACUUUUGUGUGGUUGUAGGUAUAACUGAACUCUAUUUUAAACAAACUAUGAGGAGUUGACUAGAGCUGCGUACAAAACAACCUCAGUUCUAAUAAUCAAUACCGUUUUAAGGGGUGAGUUCCCACUCUUUUGUUAUUUCUCUGGUUUGUUUUUGUACGCUCAACCACUAGAUUGUGAUGUCGUGGUACAUACAGAAUAAAGACUCUACAUCCA